UACUUUAGUGUCGUUCUAGAAGUGUACUUGAGUAGAUGGUGAUUUUUGUGGUUUCCCGAAAAAGCUUACAGUGAAGGAUGUUUCGAAGCCAAACAUCGCACUUAUGCAUUCUUGGGCUGAUUAUUUUCCUCCGAGUGCGCAGAACCCAUCAGGAAAAUCCGCUGCAAUGCGGAAUUCCGCAAAUAAGUAAAACCGAGUUGAUAGUGCAGGGUGAAGAUACUGCACCGGGAGCCUGGCCUUGGCAUGUCGCUAUUUACCAUAGAAAAGGUCGAUCUGAUAAUUACGCCUGUGGUGGAACGCUUAUCAGUGAACAGUUUGUGCUAACGGCAGCGCAUUGCACCAUCAAUCCUCAAAAUCGGUACCAAUUGGCGAAUAGUCGAAUCUUUGUCCGACUUGGCGUUCACAAUCUGAACGUUUUGAAUACCCAAUCCCUGCAGCAGCACGAAAUUUACAAAAUUCAUAAACCGAACAAUUUCACCGGUUUGGAUUUCAGAAACGAUAUUGCCAUUCUGGAGCUGAACACCUUGGCAAGAUUCAACGAUUAUGUCCAACCAGCCUGUGUGAGUAUCUCGGAUAGUCUCACUGGACAACAGGGAACGGUAAUCGGAUGGGGAGUGACGGAAGACGAUGUGAUUUCACCGAUAUUGAAGAGCGCCGGAAUGCCAGUUAUCGACAGUAUAACUUGUCUCACUAGUAAUCGAGCUGUAUUUGGCGAAACGCUGGAUAGAGGCAUAUUCUGUGCCGGCUUCCUGAACGGAACCAACGUUUGCAAUGGAGACAGUGGCGGUGGAAUUUUCUUCCAAGUUGAUAACGCAUGGUAUUUGGGCGGAAUUGUAUCCUACUCUCAAAAGCGGGACGAUAACAGUAACCUUUGUCAAACUAACAGCUUUGGAGCGUUCACCAAUGUUCGUGCAUAUUUGCCUUGGAUUUCGUCGGUAACGAAUCUUACGUUCCAUAAGGUGGACGAUAUUUUAACGGAAGAUGAUUUACGUCCCGAUUUCGGACGAUGUGAAGCGAAAGAAGCGGACCCAUCCACAGUAUAUCCUAACCUUCUGCCUCGGAAUUGUGGAUCUUAUACUCCCAAUCGAAUUAUCCGAGGAAGCAAAGCAGACGUCUUUGAGUUUGCGUGGAUGGCAAUCGUCAAAUAUAAUGUGGACCCGGGCAAGGAAUUUGACAACUUCUGCACAGGGACUCUCAUAAACAAACGUUACGUACUCACGUCGGCUCAUUGCGUCAAGUCCAGCAAAAUGCCCAUUAAGGUGAGAUUGGGUGAGCAUACCAUCGGAGAGGACAGAGACUGCAAUGGCGAGGGCGCAGACAAGGAAUGUGCUCCGCCAGUUCGUGACUACGGAAUCGAAUGUAUCAUCAGACAUCAGAAAUACAGUCCACGAUCGAGGCUUCACAAUAUCGCGCUGAUCCGACUCGAUAGGGAUGUUCAAUUUGACGAUCACAUUCAACCAAUUUGCCUACCGGUCACGGAGUCACUGAUGUCGCAUAGCCCUGAGAAGUACAUCGUAUCCGGUUGGGGUGUCACGGAACAGGACCGACAUUCUAAGGUAUUGCUGAAAGCCGUUGUCAUACCAGCCGAACGGUCCAGCUGUCAGAGCUGGAUGGAUGUAGCUGGUUGGAAGCUGGAUGCGAGUCAGCUAUGCGUAGGGGAAGUGGAUGGUGCAGAUGCAUGUCGUGGAGAUGGCGGAGGGCCUUUGGGCUAUAGUGCCCGGUUCAAUGGACUCCGUUUUGUGCAGUUCGGAAUUGUAUCGUAUGGAUCCGGUUGCGGAGUUCUGCCAUCGAUCUACACUAACGUGGCAUACUACAUGCCCUGGAUAAGAGCAAAUAUGAAGCCCUAACGUGAACAUGUAAAACUGUAGGAUGAACUAGAUAUGGGGGAUAAUAGACUAUCCAUCGAUGUUACGAAAAUGAUGUUACAUUGGUUUUACAAUGGUAGGGAAUCAUGAUUGCGGGAAAACCUAAUAAAAAUAUGAAAACAGUUCCAAAA